GCUAGCGAAAGUAGUGUAGGUGGCAAUAGAGGUAAGGGGAGAAACCGGAAAGAGCAAGUCAUUUUAAGUAGAUUAAGAUUGGGACAUAGCAACUUAAAUAGCACUCUUCAUAUUAUAGGAAAGCACCCAACAGGUUUGUGUGAUUAUUGUCAGGAAAAGGAGACUGUGGAGCAUAUCCUUAUAUCAUGUGGGAAAUAUAAUCAGGAAAGGCAAGAAGUGAUGGCACAGCUACAGAGUAUUGAGAAAAUAGAUGUAAGUGUUAAAAAUAUCUUAUAUUUAGCGGAAAAGGGACAAGGAGCAAGUUUUUUAUGACUAUUUAAAAGAAACUGGACUGGAUAAGAGAAUUUAGGAGGAGACAAGUAUGAGCAGAAGAUGGCAGUAGUGCAACAAACUGGAUGCAAGCUGCCGCUAAACACCAAAGAAGAAGAAGAAGAAGAAGAAGAAGAAGAAGAAGAAGAAGAAAGAGCUAGCGUGUGAUGUGUUUGUGUAUCCUCAGUGUUUUUCUCUCUUGAGUGUUUUAUUGAGUGUAAACAGAGUCUUGUCUCUGUGUAUUAUUAGUGCUAAUGAUGAGAUGGAUUUGAUGUGCUGUAAAUCAGGAACUGAUCAGGGCUUACAGGAUGAGGAAUCUACUGAUCAAACCUCCACAGAGUCUCUGGAUUCUGUCUGUAACGCUGGAGAACAGCAGCAGAUCCUGCAGACCAAACUCAAGAUGUGUUCAGUCAAACUCAUCGACUGCACGAACCUCAUGAUGAAGAUAAAAACUGAACCCACAGAAAUAAAAACUGAGCUAACAGAAAUAAAAACUGAACCCACAGAAGUAAAAACUGAACCUACAGAAGUUGAUGGUCAUGGUUUGAUUUCGCCAGAUGUGAAGAGUGAAUUAUGUUUGGAUGGAGAAAUGACUUCCUUGACUCUUUCCUGCAUCACCGGUGGAGAGACAUUGAGCUCACAGAGACAUUUAGAGAGAAAACACAAAGAACAUAAACGUCAUCUGAAGAAACACACCAGUGAGAGACCGUAUCAGUGCCGUGAAUGUGGAAAAACCUUCAGGAAUUCAUGGUUAUUAAAAUCACACCAGAAUAUUCACUCUGAAGAGAAACCCUUUCAAUGUUCACACUGUAAUAAACAUUUCCGUCAGAAAUCUCAUUUGAUAGUCCAUGAGAGACUUCACACUGGAGUGAAACCUUACCACUGCUCUCACUGUGGUAAGAGCUUCUCUGAUCCAUCUCAAUUCAGUGUUCAUCAGAGACUUCAUACUGGAGAGAAACCAUACCACUGUAGUGUUUGUGGGAAGAGUUUUAAUAAACGUCACCAUUUUGUUUCACACCAGAGAACUCAUACAGGUGAAAAACCUUACAAAUGCUCUCACUGUGAGAAGACGUUUGCUCAUUCAUCUAACUUUAAAUCUCAUCAGAGAGUUCAUACUGGAGAGAAACCUUACCAAUGCUCUCAUUGUGAGAAGACGUUUACGGAGUCACGUUCCGUAAAAGUUCAUGAAAGGCUUCACACUGGAAAGAAACCUUACCACUGCUCUCACUGUGGUAAGAGCUUCUCUGAUCCAUCUCAAUUCAGUGUUCAUCAGAGACUUCAUACUGGAGAGAAACCAUACCACUGUAGUGUUUGUGGGAAGAGUUUUAAUAAACGUCACCAUUUUGUUUCACACCAGAGAACUCAUACAGGUGAAAAACCUUACAAAUGCUCUCACUGUGAGAAGACGUUUGCUCAUUCAUCUAACUUUAAAUCUCAUCAGAGAGUUCAUACUGGAGAGAAACCUUACCAAUGCUCUCAUUGUGAGAAGACGUUUACGGAGUCACGUUCCGUAAAAGUUCAUGAAAGGCUUCACACUGGAAAGAAACCUUACCACUGCUCUCACUGUGGUAAGAGGUUCUCUGAUCCAUCUCAAUUCAGUGUCCAUCAGAGACUUCACACUGGAGAGAAACCUUACCACUGCUCUCACUGUGGUAAGAGGUUCUCUGAUCCAUCUCAAUUCAGAGUCCAUCAGAGAAUUCACACUGGAGAGAAACCUAUCAGUGUACUAUUUGCAGGAAGAGUAUUAAUCAAAAGUCAAACUUUGUAAAGCACCAAAGAAUAAUUCAUAAAGGAGAAAGACCUUACAAAUGAAGCUUUUCCAAUGCAUAGUACCCCACGGUUUGGUUUUGGUCAGCUCACCUCACUUUGACUUGGUUAGCUUUUCCAUCGAGUUUAGUGACAAUUUGGAGUGGGAGGGGUUAUAGGCGUUUCGUUAUAUUUAUGCUGCCUACUGCUGUGACAUCAUACAAUUGUGAGCGUCGUUGUACAUUCCCAUGCAUUCAUUUAUUUCUCAGUUCACCACAAAAUAAAAAUUGACCAGCACAAAUAGAUGUUUGCACAUCGUGUUUAU